CCUAGAAAGAGCUAUAUACUUAAUUACUCGUAUGUAUCUAGAUGAUCUAAGGUAAAGUUGAAUGGUCCGACACCAAAUGUAUCGAAGCGAUUUUCCAUGCUAGGUACUGGCCCCCUAUCCAACUUUGGUUAUAUGGCUUCCGAGUGUUUCUUGGAAAUCCACGACAGAUAUUAACCAAAAUCCAUUCGCUUUCGUUUGGACACUAUUGAGAAUGUCCAUUUUCUGUUGUUAUCGUACCCAGCGAACGGCAAGCCCAGAAACUGGCCAGGACGUGUUUGAACUCCCAACUCGCCCGCCACGUGUGAAGUUGACCAGCCCAUCAUUUCCCACAUCUGGAUUUGAGCUAUCACCACCAGAGAUCGUAGCUAAGGAAACGCCAUCGCUUUCACAUAACCGACUACAGGAGGCCACGGUAGAUCCUACUAUUAUCGACAUCGAAGAUUCGGAUGAUGAUGAUGAACCGGUACGAAGUACCAGAAACUCUAGCACGGGUACUCUAGGAGCUAUUAGAACCAAGUUUAUUAGACGCUUGUCUCAGAAGUCCGAAUCUAAAAGACAUUCGCAGCAAUCUCUUGGCACAAGCGAUGAGGAGAUCGCACGGCGUGCUGAACUGAAGCGAUUGAUGCGAAAGAGAAUCCAAGAGGAGUUGAAAAGUGAAAAAGAACAAGAAGAGGUCGAGACGCAAACGGGCAAUACUGAAGAAUCGAAGCCGUGCAGCACCGCUAACGCCGGAUUCCCUCGUGGUGGGCCGCGCGAUAAUAUAGAAUUUUGUGUCUUGGAUGUGAGCGAACCUGGUCCUCAGGAUAACGCCUGUGGCUCUCCGGACGUUGUGCUCCUUGCUCUCCCAUCCAGCCAUUCUCAACCAGGAAUUUCCCUUCGCCGGUGUAGCUAUCCCGGUUCCGGCUCGGCCCCCCGAGUUCACGAAGACGCUAACCUAGAAGGUCGCGGAGCUGUGAAGGCACGCAGCUCCUUACCACGAUUUCCCUCUUCUCCCCAGUUAACUCCCGUUCACAUACCGAGUACUAGAGGCUCUGAAUCCCUCUGCUCAUGGCGACUUUCCUACAGCGCCGAGCAACUCGCGAGGUACAUUGGGGUACCCGAGGCGGUUAACUCUAACGAAACCUAUGAACUCGCUGAAAUUAACAAUCGAGGCGGUAUAAUCGACGGAGAAGAUGAACGUAUCAGCCAAGUUGAAGACAAUUUGCUACGUAUUCAAGAACCCGCGACGAACGAAGAACGAGAUGAGGAUAUAGAUCACGACAAGUUGAUCACAGGCGAAAGUCAGCAAGAUAUCCAAAGCAACGCAGAAAAAUCCGAAAGUCUAUACAGUGGAUGUCCUGAAGAUGAAAGCUUUAACCAAGAUUCGCCAUUAGAUAUAUGGUUAUGGAGCCAAGAGUUGCAAUCGGUGUCUGCUACGCCAAGUAGAAAGACGAGCGGUAUGAUACAACGAACCGUUCCAGAGAGUUCUAGUAUAGAUGGUCCCCAGAACACUUUAGAUAAAGUAUCUGGAAUGCGGUAUAGUCCUCUAGAACUACGAUCACGUAACUCAAAUGCGGAUAUAAGAAUCGAACCGGGCGAGACCCUGGAUAACUGGCCUAGCGGGUUGCAACAGUCUAUGAGACCUAGCGAUGCUCUUGAUGGUCAAGGUUUGAAUGCAACUGACCAGACUCAAGAAGCCUCUUCAUCUUUCUACGCAUCUUCACGGUACACUACCAGACCUAACAGUUGCCAAACUACGGCAAAAGAGUCGCGUCUGGGCUUGAUGGAGUUUCUGGGAGGUCGGAAGACGGUGGUUCCAUUCUUAGGAUUCAAUCGGUUCAAAUCGUCUAGUCGUACGACAGAUGCUGAAAAGUCGGACGUCAGCUCCUACAAGACUGCCCCUGACAACGCCUCAGCGUUAGACGUGACUAUGCAAGGAAUGCGACAGCUACAGCGUCCUACGGCGGAGACAAACUCGGCAGCUGUAUCGGAUACGGCGAGUUUUAGACAACGUGAGACUGAGCUUAGAUCGAUUGAAAAGCGAUUCGGACGAACUCAUCCCCGCCGUGAUAUCACCGCUCCGAUGGCCAGCAAGUUCCGAGAAGAAUUUAGCGAACCUAGGACCAGAACUUCGAUAAUUUCCAGGAAUUCCAUACUAGCUAAGUUUCAUUUACAGAUUCCCAAAAUGGCGAAAUAUCCAACUCAAGAUACACAACGGUAUAGUGUACGCAACACCAAGUGCAGCAGUGAAACGAACCUAGACGCCCAAGGUGUCCGCCUGGGCCAACAUAAAGAAUCCGAAGAUGUUGCAAACUCUGUGGACCCGCGGCGACAGACUACUGUACUUGAUAGGCAUAUCCCCAAGGUUCGACGGCAAGGGAACUCUUCAGAGUCUCUAAAGUAUCACAAAACCAGUCAUAUUGAUCAUAUACUCCACCCGAAGCCAAGAAAAGAACGAGGUUCGACUCUUAAGCCGCCGUCUCGCCACGAAAAAAAUAGUAGUCAACAAUCAGAUAUAUCCAGUACCGUCCUCAGAGAGUGGGUGAACUUGAUGAAUGAUCAAGAUUCGAAGCCCCAGGACGAACAAAAGGUGGAGCCACAGAGCCAUGCUCUUUGGAGAUUCCGGACUCCUCCUGCAUCGUGGGCGAAAUGGCCUUCACAUACGCGCCAACAACGAACGGGGCCAGCAGGAGAAGAAGAUAAUGUUAUCCCGAGGGAUUUUGCAGUUCGAGUAGAAUCAAAUGGUAGUGGUACGACGUGGUCUACAGAUAAGCCUGGCGAGUCAUCAAAGAGACAUAUUACCCCCACACGAAGUUUAUCCGCCCAGCUUGGCAGAGCUGUAAAAGGAGGUUUAAGCAGAGUCGUCCAAGGCACUAUAAAUCGGGCUUCCUCGGAAACAAACCAUACUCGACAGAAGUUAGACGGACACCUGGAAUACCCCGAGCUUGAAAUCAUCCCGAUACAAGGAGGCUACGAAGACCUACAGGCACUCGAACAACAAAUCGAUACAAUGAAGCGCGGAUCUGCAACUGAAGAAAGUCAAUUAGCCAGCCUAGGUAUAGAUAACGUGAGACCGCCUCUGAGCGCGCGUCUGGCUGAAGAGGUGCAUAUGAUACAGCAUAAAGUCCCCAGAGAGGGUUUCCAGGAUGACGAGACCGCGGUACAAAAUUCACCAACAAUUCCUGUUGCAGCGCUUGUGCAAGCGAGGCCAGUUCCACAACGUAUUACUGUAGCAGCCAGUCGAUCUAGGGCAUCCGAAUCCCACGACAGUGGCAAACUUAGUGAGCAUGAACAAAAGCCAGAAGAUAACAUGGUAAUGGCAGAGGACACUUGUAGCACGUGAGCAGCUUGACAUCGGUUUGUACGAUUAAGUCUAUGAGAUAUACUACUAUGAUGAUAUAAUUCUGUUAGGCAGGACGCGAUACGAUGAGGCUAGGUAUAACUUAGAUUAGGUAGCUUCUAAUCUUCAUAGAAAGGCGUGUUA